AUGGAGACAGAUGCUUCUGAGGCUGAUCACGGAACAUUUACAUAUCAGUUAACUGAUGGAGUAAACUUGGCUGACCUGCCACAGGAACUUAAAGCGCGUAUAUUUCGUCAUCUGACUGCUACAGAUCUCUGUCGUGUGGCAUUAUGUAAUCGAAUCUUGAGAGAAACGGCUAAUGACGAUGAUCUGUGGCACCGUCUUUGUCAAAAGCAAGGAUGGGAGCGCUACGGUACAAUUUCCGAUCUUUGCAAAGAACCUCCAUUUAAACCAACGUCAAAGGAGCACAAGACGGGCGAAGGGGGCGCGCCUACGUUCCCGGUCGAUGCUGUUGUGACCGGUUCAGACUGGCCUGGACUGGUGGAUACAUGUAAAUGGAAGGAAGUCUACAUGAAAGCGAGGCACCUGGAAGAAAACUGGAGGAACGAGCGCUUCUACACCACGUUAUUUGAUUUAAGCUUAACCAACGACAAAGAAAGCGUUUCUUCGUCUAAUAGUGAUAACUAUGCUUACCUUCAAUUGAUACUUAAUAUCGCUGUGGAAGGUGACUGUCUUGUUGCCGGUUCCUGGCACAGGACCUUAGAAGUGUGGGAUAUGUGCAGCAAGACACGCCAGCACCUCAUUCAACUCGAUAUCAGUGAAGCUUCAGAAGCCCUGAAGAUGAAGGAUGGCAUCGUAGCUGCGGGUUGUAAGGACGGUAAGAUUCGUACCUUCUCCGCCCAGACUGGAGAACAGCUGCAAGUCAUGUCAGGGCAUCGUCUUGCCGUGUCUCAACUCUUCUUCGAUGGAGAGACAAUCGUUAGUGUUGCUCAAAAGCAGCCUUCAUUAUGGGGUUAUGAUGAUAGCGUGGACGCAGACAGCGACGUAUGGGUCUCGAGUGCAGCAAACGGUGCCUAUCGCUAUGUCUUACAGAGUGGCCACGAAGCGACAAGACUGCUUCACCUCGACUACAAGGACAAGAUCGUAGCUGGUGCGUACAGCGACAACAUAAUUCGCAUAUGGGAUGCACGCAGUGGUUCUUGCUUGGAGGAUAUUGCUUCUGGCAUGAACAAAUUGACUUCCUGCCAUUUAGGGGAAAGUAUUGUCAUCGGCGCAUCCAAAGAUUUCAUCGUGAAGAUUUGGGACCUGCAGUAUUGGAAAUGCAUCAAGACAUUUGAUGUACCUCUUCAUCAAGGGAUACAAUUAUCUUCUCCCUAUGAACAAGCAAAGUACAUGUAUAGUGAUGGGUUGCUCAUUGCAGUUACAUUACAUAAUGGGCUUUACAUUUUGAAUCUGAAUGGUGAACGACUCUUGAUUGAUGGUCGUGGUACAGUGCAACCUCUCUCCCUCAAGGGCAAUAAGCUGCUUACAUGGAGCAGUGAAGACGGAUGGUACGGCGGACUGUGGCUUUUCUACCCAAUGAAAAGCGCGGAUGGUAAGGCACAAGGCAGUUCCAAGACAGUACAAUACGUUGGGCAAACGCACGUCGCAUGUGCUUGGAUGAGCGAUACCAAAAUGGUCUAUCAGGGCCUGUAUGGCUUCCCUACGUAUGUUUCCGUCCGUCACUACUGGUGA